GGGCAGUUUCUUGGAGGUCUUUCAAGGCCCAAGUUUGAAAGCCUUUCUGAUCGGUGGAGGUUUGGUCCUUUUUCAACAGAUAUAACUGGGCAACCAAGUGUUCUAUAUUAUGCAGGUUCAAUACUUCAGACUGCUGGAUUCUCUGCAGCCUCUGAUGCUACCCGAGUUUCAGUUGUAAUUGGUGUGUUCAAAUUACUGAUGACAUGGGUAGCUAUCCUAAAAGUAGAUAAUCUUGGGAGAAGACCCCUGCUAAUUGGAGGUGUCAGCGGCAUUGCUGUUUCUUUACUUCUACUUUCUGCUUAUUAUAAAUUUCUUGGAGGAUUCCCUUUUGUUGCUGUAGCUGGUCUUCUUCUCUAUGUUGGUUGCUACCAGAUAUCAUUUGGGCCGAUCAGUUGGCUUAUGGUGUCGGAGAUAUUCCCAAUCCGGACAAGAGGGCGAGGGAUCAGUCUAGCAGUUCUUACUAACUUUGGUUCAAAUGCCCUUGUGACCUUUGCUUUCUUACCAUUGAAGGAGCUUCUAGGAGCGGAAAACCUCUUCCUUCUUUUCGGGGCUAUUGCUUUGUUGUCACUUGUGUUUGUAGUGCUCCUUGUCCCAGAGACCAAAGGUUUGAGCUUGGAAGAGAUUGAGACCAAAAUUUCGAAGUGAAAGCUCGUAUCUGUCGAAAUGAAUAGGUGAGCUUCCAAUACGCCAAGAAUUUUGGUUACUCUGUAGACUUGUAUCCUGGCAUGGCAAUGGAAGAUCGUCUCCUUUAAACUUCAUCAAUCUAUCUGUCUUAUAAUUUCAUAAAAGCAAUCUUAUUAUUGUACAUUAUUA